AUGGACACCAUUCAGAAAGAGCACGAUAAAGUUCGGAAUAACAGCAAGCAGUCGCAGACCCUACAGAAUGUCGACGACAUUAUUAAACAACUUCAGAGUGCCCGCGAAGCCAUCGCCGAAGACCCCAACUCACGGCAGAUUACCCUCGCGAAAUUGCAGAAUCCGGUCAAGGCGUCCUUUGAUGGUAUAUUCACUGGACUAAAGGAUACACAUGGCCUUCACAACAAGUACACUCGCGCUUUGGAUAAGGUGUUCAAGGAGAAAGUGCCCAGCAGCGACAUCGAUGCCCUUUCGUCCCAGCCCACGCUGAUCAAACGAUCUAUAUAUCUACAUCUGCUCCGCGAGGGACUUUUCGAUGUGGCCUCAACAUUCCAUGCCGAAGCACUGGAGAGACAAAAUCAGCAGCACGAGACUGCGGCCAAGUUGGGCUUGGAUGUCUCCAUGGAACACCCUCUAGGCCUUGACAAAAGCUCGGAAGAGAAUAUGCAAGAGCAGUUCUCCAACAUGUACCGUAUCGUCAAGGAAUUGAAGGACAACCACAACUUGCAGCCGGCUAUUCAAUGGGCACGAGCGAAUGCUGCAGCGCUUGAAGCACGAGGAAGCAAUCUAGAGUUUGAACUCUGCAGGCUGCACUUUGUCAGUCUCUUCUUGGAAGACCAGGACAAAGAUCCUCAUGGAAUCGAUGGACCGAUGCGUGCUCUGCAGUACGCCCAAGCAGAGUUUCAGUCUUUUCGUGGACGAUACCUUGUGGAGAUCCAACAAUUGAUAGGCGCCAUACCCUUCUACUCGAACCUUGAAGAAUCCCCAUACCAACUCAGAUUCGAUAACUCGACCGCUUGGGAUGAUGUGGCGACAUCGUUCACCCGAGAAUUCUGUUCCCUGCUAGAACUUUCCGCAGACUCACCACUCUACAUAGCGGCAACAGCAGGAGCCAUUGCUCUUCCAACGUUGAUGAAACUGCAGACGAUACAAAAGCAGAAACGGACGGAAUGGACUUCGCAGAACGAAUUACCAGUGGAAACUCCUCUGCCACCCUCUUAUCGAUUUCAUUCCAUCUUUGUUUGUCCUGUAUCCAAAGAGCAAACAACUGACCAGAAUCCUCCGAUGAUGCUGCCCUGCUGCCACGUCAUUGCACAGGAGUCUCUACAGAAGCUGAGCAAAGGUUCCAAGCUCAAGUGCCCUUAUUGUCCCAUAGAGAGUCAUCCCAAGGACGCAAUCAGAGUGUUUUUGUGA